AACGAUUUUUCCAAAGAGGAAUUCAUACGCGGAAUGGCAAAUAUUAUUUUAUGGCUGCUAGUUCUUGUGGCGAGCAUAUUGGCAGUCGCUCCAAUGGACACGGCCGACUAUAUCAGGGAGCGCAACUAUCCCGUGGAGAAGCAUACGGUGGUGACCCAAGAUGGCUAUGUGCUUGCCCUGUUCCGGAUACCGUACUCUCCGCGCCGUCCCAGCAGGCCGGGGCCAAAGCCCGCCGUUCUCUUCUUUCACGGCUUGAUGUGCUCCUCCGACUUUUGGGUGAUCAUCAGUCCAGAGGAAGGUCUGCCAUUCCUGCUGGCCGACGAGGGCUAUGACGUUUGGCUGACCAACAGUCGGGGGAACACUUAUUCGCGCAAGCACCUCACCCUCAGCCCCAAUGCCAAGAAGUUCUGGCAGUUUGACUGGCACGAAAUCGGAAUAUAUGACACCACCAGCAGCAUCGACUAUAUACUGAGUAGGACAGGAGAGAAGGCCGUGCACUAUGUGGGACACUCGCAGGGAUGCACAACGUUUCUGGCGAUGCUCUCGAUGCGACCCGAGUACGGUCACAAGGUGAAGACGAGCCAUCUGCUUGGGCCGGUCGCUUUCAUGUCACGAAUGCCCUCAAAGCUAAUGAGAAUUUUGAAGGACUUUUAUCUGAAGAUGCCCGACAUGGAAACGCUAUAUAAUGUGCCCCUUAUAAACAGAAUAAAUAAGAUUAUGUGCUCCGGAUUCCUUAUCAGAAACUUGAUCUGUCGGAAUAUAGCAUUCAUGUUUGGUGGCUAUGCCUCGCCACAUUUAAAUAUGACCCUGAUGCCGUUAAUUGCGGGCAUUGCCGCAGCUGGUGUUUCGACUCGUCAAAUCAAGCAUUAUGCCCAGCUCAUGGACUCUGGCAGAUUCGCGCUGUACGACUUUGGAGCACGGCUAAAUCUGAAGAUAUAUGGCAGCCGGAGUCCACCAGACUAUCCGCUGAGAGAGGCCCACACUCUGCAGCCCAUUGAGUUUUACUACAGCGACAACGAUGCCAUGUCGGCCGUGGAGGAUGUGCAGCAGAUCAUCAAUGCAUUGCCCAAUGCACGGGGACAUCGCAUGGCAAACACCGACUGGAGUCACAUUGACUUUAUCUUUAGCAAUAAUCUGAAGGAGCAUCUCAACAAUGAUAUCAUCAAGAUUUUCAAUUCCUUUGAAUCUCGCUAAAGCGGUGCUAAUGGCAACUGAAUGAGAGCGAGUGAAAUAAUCAAA